GCAAGACUGUUUCUCGGCCUUGAAACUGUAACCGAAUCAGCAGUCAUUUUCAUAUGUCUCGCAUCACAGACUUUAAGGUUGAUUGGCUUUAGCAUAAUAAUCUUAUAGCGCUUUUAAACGCAGUGGCAUUUUUUUUAAAUCCACAAAUUCGUAAAAAAACAUUGAUAGUAGAGAACGCUUUUGAGAUAAGAACAUGCCUGUAUCCAUAAUUGAAGAAAGAAAACGAGAGGGAAUUUCUGAUCUUAAGGAAAAAGCAAAAUGGAAAGUGUUAAAGGCAAGAGAAGAGAAACGUGCACCCAUCUGGAAUAAGAAAGUACCAGACACAGAAAUUGAACAUUUCGCAAAAAUCAUCGAAGCUAAAUAUGAAGUUGAACUGAAUUGCUAUUGGGAUCUGCAUGAAUGGUCAAUAAAUCAUAUAUCUGAAUUUUGGGAAGAAGUCUGGCUGUAUUUUGGAAUAGUUUCUUCAAAACCUUUUGAUCAGGCUUUUGUAAAAACUGGACCAGGAUUUUUGGACAACGAAUGGUUCUCUGGUGCUGAAUUUAACUAUGCUGAAAACCUACUCAGAAUCAGAGAUAAUCGCAUUGCUAUUAUGUUCGCAGAUGAGCAUGGAAAUUUCGAAACAGUUACAUUUGCUGAAAUGUUUGAAGAAGUAAAAUUAUAUGCUGCUGCAUUUCGAAAAAAUGGUCUUCAAAAAGGUGAUAGAGUGGCAUGUUACAUGUCCAAUUUAAAGGAAGCCGUGUAUGCCAUGUUAGCAGCUGUAAGCAUUGGUGCAAUAUGGGGAGGUCCACAACCAUAUUACGGUGCACGGGCCUCGGCUAAGAUUGUUGAGAGAAUGGAGCCAAAGUUUUUGAUCGCAGUUGAUCAGCACAGUGAAAGUGGUGAUGUGUUCAACAUGCUAAAAAACCUUCCAACAAUUGUUGACAGUACGCCUUCCUUGGAGAAAGUUAUUAUUGUUCCAACCAAAAAAGAAACUUUGUCUAAAGAUUUAUCUAACAUUCGGAAUAGUUGCUUCCUAGAAGACUUUUUGAAUGAAGGUAGGUUGCCAGAUGGAUCUGUUCCUGACAUAGUGUUCGAACAACUACCACCCACUCACCCAGUGUCUAUCUCGUUCUCCUCAGGAACGACUGGACUACCAAAAGGACCAGUCCACUCUGCCUGUGUAAGAAAUACUUUUCAUUUCUCCAAUUCCGAUGCAAAAUUUGAGCAUUUGAAAAUGAUAGCAAUGGGAGGAAGUCCAGUAAAACCUGAAAACUUUGAAUACAUCCGACGCAUUGUGGGAAAAAAUACUUUUAUUGGCAGUAUGUAUGGAGCUACGGAAACGAGUGGUACAUUUUCAGGAUUUUCUCUUAACUUGCCGACGUAUCCAGGAGAAGUUCAAGUUCCAGCAUUAGGAAAAGAUAUACAAUGCCUCAAUGAAGAAGGAGAACCUGUGAUUGGUCAGAGAGGAGAAAUGGUUGUAAGGUCACCUAAUCCAUCAUUCCCAGCUUAUCUCUGGAAAGAUGAUGAUAAGAAAGUAUUGAACUCUAACUACUUUUCAAAAUAUCCUGGAGUCUGGUGUCAAAAUGACGUAUGUUUAGUUAAUCCUGUUACUAAGGGAAUCGUUGUGAUUGGCAGAAGUGAUGAUACAAUUACUCAAUAUGGUGAUCGCUUUGGAUCUGGAGAUAUUUAUUUCGCUAUUCAUGAUAUGGAGGAGAUUCAAGAUUAUAUUUGCGUGGGCCAAACUAGAUAUGACGGAGAAAUGCGGGCUGUUCUCUUCAUCAAAAUGAAACAGGGUUAUAAGUUCGAUUCAGAUAUGAAAGAAAAAAUAACUCAACGAAUAACGAAAGAGUUAUGGAUGGAUUGUGUUCCGGAUGUUAUUUUGGAAAUCCAGGAUAUUCCGUACAACCUGAACAACAAAAGGAUGGAGAAUGUGGUGAGGAAGAUAGUGGCAACAAAUCAAAUUCCAGAAGUUUCAAACAUUAAGAAUCCAGAAAGUCUCAAGUACUUUUGUAAUAUCCCUCAAUUGAUGAACUAUGGCAAAAUCUAAACUUUUAUGAUGAUCUGAUGGCAUUAUUUUUCUUUUAUCUUAUUUUUCUUUGUAUAUAUAUCACUAUUUAUUUUUCUUUUAAAAAUGAAACAUUUUGUACGUUUGGGUUGUAGAUCUAGCACAUAAUAAUGUGAUUUUUUUAUUUAUACAAUAUUAUUUUGCACAAAUUUUUAAAUAAAUACAAGUUAAUAAAAUGA